CAGGUGCACGUCUCGCCCCACGUGUGAAGGAACGGAACGCCUGCGCGGGUUGGCGGCGAGGAACAGUGGGGGCUCCAGCGAUUGCAAUGGCCACCCAAAUACAGGAAGCAGAGUUGGAUUGCACAAAUGCUGCCAGGGGCGUCUGGCUGGUCAAGGUUCCAAAAUACAUCUCCCAGAGGUGGGAUAAGGCGCCCGGAAAUAUCGAAGUCGGAAAACUGCGAAUUGCAAGGACGCCAGCGCGUAAGCUGGACGUCUCGUUCUCGCUCAGCGAGGCGGUGAUGGCCAUGGAGAAAUCGGAGACGAUUCCGAAAGACCACAAGUUCGUGAUCAGCAACGUCAACAACCAGACCCUGGGUGUCUUCUCACAAACCGUCCCGCCAGCAAACAGCAACGCCGUGGUGCCAGAGACGGAGAAGUUGACUAUGGAGGGCAAGGUCAUCCAGAGGGCGGAGUGCCGACCGAUCGGAAACGAGACGUACAUGCGUCUGAAGUUGGAGGGGUUCCGCAAGUCUGCUGUGCCGACCCGCAUGGCCAAGCGACUGGACGACGUGGUGCACGUCAAGCCGGUGGCCAACCAUCGCUACAACAUGGAGUUUGUCCAGCGUAAGAAGUCCGAGGGCAAAAAGGUGCGGGACGACAAGGACAAGGUGCUGAACGUGCUGUUCGCCGCAUUCGAGAAGCACCAGUACUACAACAUCCGUGACCUGGCCACCAUCAGCCGUCAGCCUGUGACGUACCUGAAGGAAAUCCUCAACGAGGUCUGCAAUUACAACCUGAAGAACCCCCACCGUAACAUGUACGAACUGAAGCCCGAGUAUCGGCACUACAAGGAGGACGAGAAGGAAUGAGGCGCCGUCUCCUACUCCCGCGCUCCGUACUGCUAGUGUCUAGUACUAGCUCUGCGUGGGCGACAGAGGCUCGGGCGUCGCCCCACCCUCCCCCCAGUUCCUCCGCCUGCGUUGAUGGUGGGCGUUAGUUCUGAUACCGAUGGGUAGCGCCGGACGAGGCGUGUGCUUGCAGCGGUCCGAUGGGCGACCAUGCCGAGCGUCCCGUGUCAGCCCCACGUGACCCCUCUGCGCGGCAGGACUGCGUCCGCCUUCGGGAACGGUCGCAGCACAAGCGUCGGUCGGGGGACCGGUGGCGGCGCCGGUCGCGGUCGGCCAUGUGACCGGCACUAGCCCAGUCAGGCGGCGGCGGCCUGCUGGAGGCGACCGUCUGCAGUCCGGUCAUGUGCAAACCGAGCAGCGCAUGUGUACCGGCCCAUCCACGUGCCUUGUUUUGUACGGCGGCGGUGGGGUUGCCGUGUGGCGGGAGCUCGCGGGCGCCGGCGCCCCGGCCGCGGGCCCGGCACGCGUCAGGCGGGUAGACGGUCUGUCGGCGGACGGGCCGCGGUCGGCUGCUGCCGCCCACCGUCCCUGGUGUGAUGGCGUCUCUUUCUGUCUCUCGGUAUGGGGUGUGGCCGCGGCCGCCGCAGGGUGAGGGGAUGGGUGCUGGUGCGUGGUGGCCUGUCCUCUGUGAUAGCUCCGCAGGCGCGUAUCUGUGAUGGUGACUGGUUGGCCGCGUUGCGACGGCUGGGCUUCCGUCAGAUUAGCUACUAUCAUGGUUACCGAAAUGCAUAUCUGUGAUGAUAGAGAAUGAAAACCCGGCUGCACUACGUCAGAGACCGUCAGCUGAUUGGUAAUUGGCUAAGCUGUGGACUCGUCAACUGGAAAGUGAUGUCGUUGGAGGCCUGCAUAUUUUAACCAUGUGGAUGACCUGAAAUACAUUUGGAACAAAU